AUGAUGCCCAUCGGCCUCGGCGCCGAUGACCGAAAACGGACCCAACACAAUGGGAUGGAGCGUCUCUGCAAGGAAACUCGAAGCCCGUUGCGCGGAUUGAACUUCGUCCCCACUGAGCAGCCUCCAAUAUGGGGUAUACAUAUAUGGCGCUGUUCGCCCUCGAAGCCAUGGCUUAUUGAGCUACAAGACCACCCGCGUUGGAAGCGCCGCGUUUACAUCAUGUUGUCUGCCAUAGCCCUAACAGUCUGGCUCGUCACAGCUUCGAGCGCUGCGCCAUCCAGCAGCACUCCGGAUUGCGCCGCAUUGGCUGAUUUAGUCAAGACAUCGGUGCCUGCUUUGGUAGCAGUUGAAUCAGCUUUCGUCGCAGCAAACACCGUGAACGCGUCCUCAAUUUUUAACACGGCUUCCUUCUGCCGCGUUAACGGCACCAUCCCAUACCCAGAGAACAACACAGUGUUGUUCGAAGUCUGGCUUCCCGAGGCAAGCUCUUACAAUGGCAGGUUCCUCGCUGUCGGCAACGGAGGGUUAGCUGGCAAGAUUGACUACGCAGCAAUGGUAGAAAACCUCAACAAAGGCUUUGCCACCGCGGGAGGCGACAGCGGACAUAGGGCGGAGGAUAACAAUGGUGGGGACGCGUAUCCCGGAGGCAUCCGCCUGCCGUUCCUGCACGACCGCAACCAGGUUCUCGCGUGGAUCAGGAACUCCAUUGCGUUGUUCACGCCGCCUGCUAGGGAGAUUGCUGCCCUGCACUAUGGCAAGUCCCCAGAGCGCUCGUAUUAUAAGGGGUGCUCAACCGGAGGUGCGCAGGGGUUUGCUUUGGCGGAGUAUCAUCCAGAAUUGUUUGAUGGUAUUGCCGCGGGAUGCCCGGGCAACUGGUAUUCACACCUCGCACUGUCGUUUUUAUGGAAUCAGCAGGUGACACAGCAGGGAUCGGCAUUCCUACCCCAGGAGUCUCUCAACCUCAUCCGUAGUGCAGUACUCGAAAAAUGCGACGCCGAAGACGGCGUCAAGGAUGGCGUCCUCGAGAACCCUUUGGCCUGUACUUUUGACCUCCAAAACCUCGCCUGUCCAACAUCUGCUGCCAACACCACCACCUGCCUCACGCCGGAACAACUCGUCGCAGCCAGGGAAAUAUACGCCGGCCCGCGCCACUCUGAGACCAACGCAAGCCUCUACCCCGGCUUCGACCUUGGGAGCGAAUCUGAAUGGAUGCCCCAGGAGGGACGCUUGUCCUUGUCGUUUUCUCUGCCUCUACUGCAAAACAUGGUCUUUGACGAUUUGAGCUACAAUGGCACCACUUUCGACUGGGCUGGCGAUGUUGAUGCCUUGGAUGAAAAGGUCGGGAGCUUGAUCGAUUCGAUUAGCACCAACUUGACGGCUUUCAAGGCUAGCGGGGGCAAGCUGCUCGUUACGCAGGGUUGGGCUGAUCCGUAUAACGCUGCAACGUGGCCGAUUCAGCAUCUGGAGGAGGUUGAGAAGGUGACGGGAGACAGGAAGGAUUGGGCGUCAUUGUUCAUGGUUCCUGGAGGUGGGCACUGCGGCGGCGCGUCCACAUAUCCCCAGGUUCCCGGGAAACAGAAUUCACUAGAAGCCUUGGUCGAUUGGGUUGAGAAGGGUGCUGCUCCUACCGAACUGCUGGGAAGCUCGCCGGCGGAUGGAAGUGGGCGGACCAGAAAGCUUUGUCCCUGGCCGCAAACUGCCAGGCUUGCUGGGAAUAAUGCCGACGACUGGAAUUCUUAUAUCUGUGUCUAG